AUGGAAAACCAAAUUAACGCAAAUCCCACAGUAAGUGGAAUUGAAGCCAGAAAAAGAUUUUAUGAAUAUAGUAGUCUUGAUGCUGAGCCUUAUCAACCAAGAAGAGGAUUUUUCUCUUCUCUUUACCAAUUAAUUUUUCAUCCUAUUAAGUUCUUUACUCCAACAGAGAAAAAAGUUGGAGAAGUAAAAUUAGAAAUUUAUCAAAGAAAUGAUGGUGAUGUAUCUUUAAAAUUAAAAGAAGAUAACUCAAAUAGAACAACUCACCAGGCUGUAUUAACUGAAACAACAGAUUAUCAAAAAGAAAUAAAUCUUAUAAAUGAUAAUCUUAAAUUAUUAUUACAAAAUAUCAUAAAAAAUACUUCAGUUGCACCAAUUAUUAUUAAAACAGAUAGUAGUGUAUUAAAGGAAAACACCAUUCUUAAAUUAGAUGAAAAAAAUAAUUCUAUAAUCGUUGAAGAACCAAUAGGAAAAGAUUCUAUUUUAUGUACACCAUCAAAAGUUCGUAAUACUGUUGCGUAA